UAUAUGAUCAUGCUGUCCGUGAAUGUCUACCUUAUUUUAACUUUCUGCCUCUAACCUGAGGGACUGCAAGUAAACAAUAAUCAACAAAGCAGUAUUGUAAAAAAUCUAUAUAUUAAUUGUCCUUGUCAGUCUAAAGAUAUAGUUAAAUUCACAAUGGAUGUGUUUCUAAUGAUUCGACGAAAAAAUAUGACCAUAUUUACCGAUGCCAAGGAUAAUACCACAGUUCUUGAACUUAAAAAAAUUAUAGAAGGUAUAUUGAAAAUACCACCUGUGAAUCAACAGCUGUUCAAUAAGGACAAUGUUCCAAUGUCAGAUAGUAAAUUUUUAUCUGAUUAUGGACUAACAUCAGCAACUGCAAAACCACAAUGUCCUGCAUUAGUAGGAUUAGCUGUACGUCAAGAAAAUGGUCAAUUUGAAGCUUUAGAGAUGACACCAUUUUCAUUACCACCUGAUUUACCAGAUGUUAUGAAAUCUCAAGAAGCCAAUGGACAAGAACAGUCACCUUGAAACAUUGUGAAACAAUUGAUGAUAAAGUGUUGAAUUCAAUACAAUUUUAUAAUUGUCAAAUAUUUCCAAAAAGGCUAACAGCUUAAGCGAACAUGAUGUGAAUAUUAGGUACAUACAACUUUAUACGAAUAUUAAAAGUGUCCUGAGGCUUUUUAACUUUAUUAAGUGAGAUUACUAUUAAUUUUUGAGACUAUUGUUAACUUUUUCGUUUUUGUUGUUUUCUUGUGAGCGAUAAUCAAGUAUCUUAUACUUGAUCAUUUGACUGAAAAAGAUAAUAAAAAGUAAAAUUUAUAAUCCAUUACUCCAUUCAAGUUUAUUACAAUCUUUUAUAGGUACGAAAAUAUUUCAACACUUUGUUAUUAUUGCCAAGAUAGACCAAAUACCUCAGUCACAUGUAAUAUAUGAUUGUAGAUUGUAUUUUAUCUUACAGCGUUUUAUAAUAUUUCCAGUCAAAUCCACUCUUAUUUGAAUACAUAUUCUAGCUUAUAAACUUCCAUGAAUUUUUUUAUUAAGCUUGAGAUACAAAUGCCUCAAAUUUUGUAAAAUAUAUAUAGCAAUAUCACUUAUUACUUGAAGUGCAAAAUUAAAAAAUAUUGAUUGUAAAAACUUUGAACAUUAGGUUUCACAGUUACAGAAUAGAAAUUUGAAAAUGUGAUAAAUUAUAAAUAGUGUACGUAAUUUUAACAAAUCGAUUACAUUUGAUAGAUUACACCAAGUAAAUAAUCAUUUUGGUAUAAAAUA